UUGAGUUCGUUUUGGGUUUUGGGUACGUUUGCAUGUGUAUUUGCAGCCAUUGCUGUGGAGUUGUAGUGGCUAUUGCUCUUGCUGACAUGCACGAGUGUGAAUCCGAAAAGGGUGCGAAGAGAAUCAAAGGAGAAAGUGGGAAUCAAAAUUACACAGACCAGAGGUUUCAAGACCAACCCAGAUCGCCUUUUCUCUUUUUCAUGGAAAGCUUUGUGAAGACAUGUGUGGAUGGAAAUUUGAUUGAUGUUGAUAGGAAAGGGGUUGAAACAUGGAGGAAGAUGUCAAAGAAGGAGAGGCUACCAUAUGUUCUUCAGGCUCAGAAGGUGAAUUCAGAUUACGAGAAUGCUUUGCUUAAAGAGGUUGAAGAUAUGUCGUGGGUAGAUGAUGAGGCAGAUUCAGCAGAGGUUGGGAAGCAUGAUAAGGGUUACAAUGACUAUCAAUACUAUGAUGAUUCUGAUGGCUAUGAAGGCUUCUGGUCAGAAAGUUGUGAGAGCUUGAACACCUAUGAGUGGGAAAUGUUACGCCCAUGGAUUACUGCUAAAUCUCGCUGAGGAUUGAAGAUCACACUUGAUGUUCCACUUUUUUAAGUUCAACAUUUUGGACCAACUGGACCAUCCAAUUGGCAAUGGUGAAAAUCUAGAUGGUGACAUGGUGAGAGAUUUUUCGCCAUUAGCUACCGUCUCAGAGGCAAGUCGUUUGGCUAUCGUAAAGUAACAUUAGAAGUUUAGGAUUCUAACCGAUGGUUCCCUGUUUUCCCUUUUAGAAUUCACAAAGGUUUUUUUGUAUGUUAUGGUUCUUGCCUAAGUGAAUUCUCCGAGAUUUGUGAGGAGACCUGGUUUUUUCAACAGAUGCUUUUGUUAAUGUUCUUGUUUUUGGUACGUUGCUCUCUCCUUUAGUAAUAUGGUCUGUAUGUGGAGCAAAUGAUGUUCAUGACCUACCCAUGCAUUUAGAAAAGAUGCAGUGACUCCUAUUGUAAAUUGUUAUGGACCAAAACCUAACUCUAUAUAUCAAGUGU